UGCGGCUCCCGACAAAGUGAGAGCGGUAGCAAGAGUAAAGCUCCAGUUAUGCAUGCUUGACUCAACUCAGCUUCGAAAAAGGUGACAUGUGAAACGUAACUGCAACUAUACUAAACACAGCGCGUAGAAAUCAGCUGUUUUUGAAUGUUGAGAGAGCACACAAAUGUGACAUUUUACUUGAUAUGUGAAGCUUGUAAAAAUUUAAUCAAUAUUAAAACAAACUGUUUUGCUGAAUAUAUUAACUUUAAUAAUGGAUAGUGAUUUAUUCCAUGAACUAUUAUAUUUAAAUAUUCUUCGCCUUCAAAGAAGAAAAGUAUUAAGAAGACGUAAACGCCGCUGGUCCGUUCAUCCAGCAAAUCGGGAUAGAAACCCAAAUGGUUUCUUCUGGAAGAACUUUUUAAAAUUAAAAGAAGACGACCAAAAACUAUUUGCUUUAACACGGAUGAAUCGGCCAGUAUACAACCUUCUUAAAAAUAGUCCGUUUUUAAAAAAACCAAAACAACAAAUUGGCGUCGAGGAGCGAGUGGUUAUAACUUUAAUGUACCUCGCUUAUGGAACACCUUUUGAGAUCAUAGCCUCGAUGCAUAAGUUAGGGAAAACAACAGUGCGGAAUAUCGUACUUGAAACGUGUGAAAUAUUUUGGUUAAACCUGUGCCCGAUAUACCUUAGCGAGCCAACUACCGCACAAUAUAAAGACAUUGCUGCAGAUUUUUUAAAACUGUGGAAUAUACCCAACUGUGUCGGAGCAAUUGACGGGAAGCAUAUAGCUAUUAUUCGUCCACAAAAUUCAGGCUCGUUAUUUUAUAACUAUAAAAAGUUUUAUAGUAUAGUUUUAAUGGCAUCCUGCGACGCUAGGUAUAAAAGAUUUGCAAUAUUUCAAUAUUUACUUAUUUUUAUUUUAUUUCAAGGUGUCUUUCAGCAAACUAAAUUUGGUCAAGCACUCUUGGAAAACAAAUUGCCACUACCACCAAGAGCUCCAUUAUGGAAUGAAUCCUCAACAGAUUUUCCACAUUUUUUUGUGGCCGACGCAGCGUUCCCAUUGAAGGAAAACUUAAUGCGACCUUACCCCGGUGCACACCUGCCACGAAACAAAGCAAUUUUCAAUUACCGGUUAUCCCGAGCUCGUAGAGUAAUCGAAAAUAGCUUUGGUAUUUUAACUGCUCGAUGGCGUGUUCUAAGAAAGGUAAUAGACUUUAGCCCAAAGAACUGCGAAACAAUUGUGUUAACCUGCUUGGUUCUUCACAAUUUUGUAAUGUUGAAUGACCAUGAUCGUUGGUAUUGUCCAGAUACAUUUGUAGACACAGACACCGCAGACCAUGGAAUAUUGGAGGGAGAAUGGCGUGAAGAUUUAGAGAGUGUUGGAGGUGCAUUACAUUCAAUAAGUACAACUCGACGCAAUGCAUCUAGUUUCGCAUUCCGUCUAAGGGAUUUUUUGGCAGAUUAUUUUAUAAAUCAGGGAGCGGUUUCAUUUCAAGAAUAUCGUAUUUAGUGUAUAGCAAUGUUUGUGUAUUUUAUGCAUUUGAAAUAUAUACAUAUUUUUAUGUAUAAAAUUGUAAUCUAAGUACCUUUAUACUAUACUUUUUGUUACGUUAACUUUUUUGUGAUAUUUUAUUAAA